AGGACGUUCCACGCUCGCUCUGCCUGUCCAUGUGGAGCUUCUCUGGCGCUUCCGGUUAGACAUGGCGGCUUCCAUGGCAGGACAAGUCCUGAGGAAUUUGACAGCCAAGAGCUCCCUGCUGGGCAGGCAGAAGGGUGCCCAGGUGACUUCAAGAAGAUGGUUAAAUCUGCAGGAAUACCAGAGCAAGAAACUGAUGGCCGACAACGGCGUCACCGUCCAGCGAUUUUUUGUUGCCGAUAAUGCCACUGAAGCCCUUGAAGCUGCCAAAAGACUGAAGGCACGAGAAAUUGUUUUGAAAGCACAAAUCUUGGCUGGAGGAAGAGGUAAAGGAGUCUUUGACAGUGGCCUAAAAGGUGGCGUCCAUUUAACGAAGGAUCCAGAGAAGGUGGGAGCUCUCACAAAGCAGAUGAUUGGUUAUAAUCUGACAACAAAACAAACUGCCGAGGGUGGUGUUAAAGUAAGCAAGGUUAUGGUAGCAGAGGCUCUAGACAUCUCCAGAGAAACCUACUUUGCCAUAUUGAUGGACCGGGCGUGCAAUGGACCUGUGCUGGUUGGCAGCCCACAGGGAGGAGUGGACAUAGAAGAAGUGGCUGAGAAAACCCCUGAACUAAUUUUUAAGGAGGAAAUAGACAUAUUUGAAGGGAUAAAAGACAGCCAGGCGUUGAAGAUGGCGGACAAUUUGGGAUUCAAAGGACCUCUGCGGCAACAGGCCGCCGAUCAGAUUAAGAAGCUGUAUGAGCUCUUCCUGAAAGUCGAUGCCACUCAGGUUGAAGUGAACCCCUUUGGUGAGACUCCGGAAGGACAAGUUGUGUGCUUUGAUGCAAAAAUUAACUUUGACGACAAUGCGGAAUUCAGACAAAAGGAGGUUUUUGCAAUGGAUGACACGUCUGAAACGGAUCCCAUUGAGAGCGAGGCGGCCAAGUACGACUUGAAGUACAUCGGUAUGGAUGGGAACAUUGCUUGCUUCGUUAAUGGGGCAGGUCUUGCCAUGGCCACCUGCGACAUCAUUGACCUUUAUGGAGGAAAGCCUGCAAAUUUCCUGGACCUUGGAGGUGGAGUGAAGGAGUCUCAGGUCUACCAAGCCUUUAAGCUGCUGACUGCAGACCCCAGGGUUGAAGCCAUUCUCAUUAACAUUUUUGGAGGAAUAGUAAACUGCGCAAUUGUAGCCAACGGGAUAACAAAGGCUUGCCGCGAGCUUGAACUUAAGGUGCCACUCAUCGUCAGACUUGAAGGAACAAACGUCAAUGAGGCCAAGCGAAUUCUUAAUGAGAGCGGCUUGCCCAUCACCUCCGCCAAUGACUUGGACGAUGCCGCCAAGAAGGCCGUGGCAAGCAUAAGGAAGAAGUAAAGGCUUUGACGCGGGAGAAUCACAAAAUUAACACACACAAACCUCUAACACAGAAUGUAUCAGAUUCACAGUGCAAGAUGGGGGACUGUUCUAUGGAAGUGCCGGGGACUUAUCACAUGAUGGCAUUUGGAUAAUGUGCAUUUGGGGGAAAGUGAAGAUUGUGAUGAUCGCUUUCGAAGAGCUGCUCAAAUCAUAAUCCGUCACUGAUUUUUCUAUCAUCAGAUGUUUCCAAUUACUGUAAUUUUAUUGUUGUGAAAUGCCGGCUCAUUGUAAAACUAUUUUAUA